AUGCGUAAUGAUUUGGAAGAAAUAGAUUUUGGCGCCAUUGUGGAGGGUGAUGGAAGCGGUUGUGAAACACUUGAUCUUUCCUCGGAUUCUCUAGUGAUUGUUGCUGCAUAUGACGAAGAGUCUAAACCGCCAAUGCAGUCUCCACAUAUUGCAAGGACUCUUCAGAGACUGAUGGGAUAUGGAUAUUAUUGUCCUGGUUGCCCAUACUCACAAAAAAAUGAGACUACGGUCCGUACUGCAUGUAUAAAAAGAUUGAUCACGGUUUCUGACGUUGUUUGUAAGCACUGGCAAAAGAAUGGUGAACCCUAUUUAGGGUAA